CACAUCCAAACAGUAGGCGGAGGCAUCGGACAUACACACAAACACGUAGUAGGCGGAUGCGAGAAGCCACACACACACGAGCAAACACGCAUUGGAGGGAACCCCAUCAGCUGUGGACAACUUUUGUUUUUCUGUGGUUUCUUCACAUCGUUGCAUGUGAAGGUUUCUCAAACCUAAAUCUAAUUAAACGUUUAACGGAACAUUCUGGGCAUACAACACGGGGCGAGCGCGCGUUUCUAGGAGGUGGCUUUGAAAGCAUGGAAUAUUUCAUGAUGCCGACAGAGAAGAUACCAAACAUUCAGCAAUUCAAGAAGACAGAGAAAGAUGUCAUCGGUGGUCUGUGCAGCCUGGCCAACAUCCCCUUCAGUCCAGAGACGGCACAGGACCAGGAGAGACGAAUCCGUCGCGAAAUCGCGAACAGCAAUGAGCGGCGACGCAUGCAGAGCAUCAACGCUGGCUUCCAGUCCCUCAAAACCCUCCUGCCUCACACAGAUGGGGAGAAACUCAGCAAGGCGGCCAUCUUGCAACAGACAGCAGACUACAUUUUCACUUUGGAGCAGGAAAAGACACAGCUCUUGUCACAGAACAAUCAGCUCAAACGCUUUAUCCAGGAGUUCAAUGGUUCCUCACCAAAGAGGAGGCGAGCAGAAGAGAAAGAUGAAGGCAUCGGGUCUCCUGACACCCUGGAUGAAGAGAAGGUGGAGGAGCUGAGGAGAGAAAUGCUGGAGUUGCGCCAGCAGCUGGACCGAGAACGUUCUGCUCGCAUGCAUCUAGAGGAGCAGGUGCGCUCAUUGGACACCCAGCUGCACCCGGAGCGUCUCAAGGUGAUCACCCAGCAGGUGGAGGAAGAGCAGGCACACCUCCAGAGCCAGACGCUGUUAAGGCUGCAGCAGAUCCAAGCUGCAGACCGACAACCUCACAGUCCAAAGGUGUUGGUUCCUCCCACUCCCCUCGCCUCAACGCAUCACCCAACAGUCAUCGUCCCAGCGCCGACACUAACCCAGCCACCCCAUCACCAUGUCAACGUAGUAACCAUGAGCUCAUCUGUCCACACCAGCACAGUGUCCACAUCUAGACAAAACCUGGACACCAUCGUGCAGGCCAUCCAUCACAUUGAGCGCACUCAGGAGAGACGAGCGAGUGCAGAGGAGGAGCAGAGACGAGCAGUCAUUGUUAGCCCCACCCACGUUGCCAUGGACACCGCCUGCUCAGACACAGACACGGACACAGAGGGAGAGGACUGUUCAAUGAACUGAUCGUGCUGUGAACUUACAAACACUUAAAACACCAUCUCACUGUAAGAUUCCAUCCAGAAGCUUGACUACUUAAAAAAAGCUCUCCAAACUCUGACUUCCAGUAGUGAAGCUUUUCUCUUUGUUGGUCAUGUAAUGUAAAUUGUCUAAUAGAAAACCAGGAGUGGUCAGCGUGCAGAGAAGGCCAUAUGGGGCUUCUUAAAGGCUGCUGUUCAUCGUCCGUCCUCCAUGUUGUUUAUAGAGUGUCAGUCAGCUGUUGUCGCUGGUACGCUGACGUCAUUUUUUGUGCUGCAAAUUUACAUUUUCAUUUAUAGCAGAACUGAAUGUAACAACACAAAUAAGCAGGCGCUUGUGACUUUUUAAAUUUGAAAUAAGCGAGCUGCAAUUAUUUCUUUCCUUAGUUUCCACCAUGUUUAUGAUUGGUCUGGUGAUAUUUUAGUCGCAAAUUGAAAACACAGUAGAAUUGAAGGCAUGUCAGGCAGACUUGAUUACAGGAUAGACACUAAAUUAAAAGAUGUCAGAUUCAUUUGAAUACAACGUCUUUAUGAUCUGUUUAAGCCCUUAAUAUAAGCUGUUGAAAAAAUGAUGGUCUCCUUAAUGUUUUUGGAUACGUACUUCCUGAUAGGGUUACUGAACAUUUUUUAUAAGAUUAACCUAAAGUCGGAUGUUUGUUAGGUUUAACAAGGAGCAGGACACCUUGAGAUGGAUUUUGAGGUCAGUCACCUAAAGUGCACAGCUGCUGACUCGAAGCAAGUUUUCACCAGUGUUCUGGUAAUGACUGGUGGACUUUUUCAAUAUCAAACAACCUGACUGAUUCAAACACAGUCUUUUUUUUUUUUUUACAAGAUAUCAAAAGAUGAUGUAAUCUUUAAAAAAUGAUAAGGAUUUAGUUUGCAUGACAAAUUCCUGAUUUCCACCAAAGACUUCCAGUUGCAACUUCUAAUAUUGAUUUGUUGCUUUUAGUGACUAUGCACUUGAGUGUUUGCUAUUUAUGCAAUUGCAUCAUCAAGUCCAUUUAUACAUGAGGUGAAGAAUUCUAUGCACCGCUAAUAGGUGUGUAUGUUACACCUACAGUAUAUAUGUGACGUGCUUAUAUCAAAGAAUGUAAUUGUUCUUAUAAAGGUGCUGUUUGCCAACGUGCUGCUCUGCUGACUAGCAGUGAGCUGAUCACUUUUUAACAUGGCAAAAGUCAUUUCCACGUGAUGCAGUUUGUUUGUUUGUGCUGGAACAACACGUCUUGAUCAGUCACUAAUCAAAUUGAAAUACUGUACAAAUGCAACAAUAGGCCAACGUGAGCACUGUCCAUCUCUCCAAAACAAAUCAGCUCAUGUUUUGAUGCUCAUUCAGUCGGGACUUUUUUUUUUCUUUUAAACUGGAAAUGCUUGCUUCUAUUUACAAACACAAGUAGAUGCUGUAAACAUUCCAUAUGUAUGGAUUUCUGUCUUUUCAUCUCUUGUUCUGUUGCAGACUGAAUGCAUGUUACUAAUGUGUCGUCUCUUAUGUAAUGCAGGCAUUUUAUCUUUUUUGACAAACACAUGUUGAGUGUGAAAGUGUUUAGUGUGCAUGUGGACACUGCACUACCUGGCAUCAGUGUUCCAUCUGGUUAGACUAGUUUUUUCCAUGCAACGUUGGCUAAUGGGGGUUGUUCAUAGCGUCAAAGAAUGGGUGGAAUUCUGUCAAAUGUGAAGGCGCAGCCUAAAGUUUAAUCAGAUCUGUUUAAACUUUUAGGUUGAUGGCUUUUUUUUUUUUGCCAUUUCAGACGAA